GCCCCUCUUCUUGUAAGAAGAGCGCUCAGAGAGUGCGCCCUGCGUCCAGCACCUGCCCCCCACCAGGCGGAGAGGGGACCGCAGCCCAUGCAGAAGGAGCGGAGGUCGCCGAACAGGACCCACCUCCCCAGCACCUGGUUUAUGGGCCUGGCAGCUUCCAGAACGUGAGAGAUGUUCAUCCCAGUGGCUCAGUCUGGCGUUGGGUUCUGGCAGCCUGAGCCGCGACAGACACCCAGACCCCACCUCACAGAGAGGAGCCGGGCAGAUGUGACUCAGGCCCCCUCCCUCACCGGGAAGGGCGACACCAGCAGGAGGGCCGGGUUGGAGGGACUUGGAGGGACCGCUGCGAGAUGUGGAGUCCACCAGGUAAAAGGGCGCUCCCGAGCCUGCCUUCCAGGUGGUGGACGCAGCCCAGGCCCCACCCUCCACCAAGCCUUGUCCCCAGCAUCUGCCCGCGUCACUGGGGCCAGCAGCCUCACGUCCUGGCCACACCCAAUUCAAGAGUGGACUGUGCCCCAAGGUCAAGUCUGCGUCUGCUUCCAGUCACGCGAGGAGCGCUGGCGGCUUAGAAUUAGGGCAGAGCGCAGAGCGCGGGUCUGGGUGGGCUCCUUGGGGCAGGUGGGGUCGCUGCCGCGCUGGGGUUUCGGGACAGAGCAGUAGUGUUGCCAGCGCCGGCGACCCGCAGGGACAGCCAGGGACCUGCAGGGACAGCCGCGAGUGAGGCUCAGGCUCAGGAUUGUCCAGAGCUGCCUGGCCGCUGCCCCCCCCCCGGCUCCUGCCCCCGCCCCCCGGGCCCAGCUCCCACCCCAGCUCUCGGCCCCUUGGCCCAAGCCGCAUCCUUUGACAAACCCAGGUGUCCCUUUCCUUUCGCCUGGAAAGUGCUGCUCAAAGCAUCUUUGUUUGAGGCUGCCGGUGAAGCCGCAGCCCCGCCCUGCCUCCUUAAUCGCCCCGGGCAGGGCCCCCACCCCCUCUGGCCCUUUAAGCCCCCAGGGCCUCCCCUGCCCAGUCAGCAGGGAGUGCACCAGCCGAGCGGGUGAGAGCAGGGCUGGGGGCUGCCAGGAGCAGGCGCCCACCAGGAAGUAGGGGCCGGGCGGGCUCCAGGGCUCCAGGGCUCCUGCGGACACGAGGGAGCUCACAUCUUGCAGGGGUUGGGGGGACAGCCAGAGCCCCUGGGGUGUGGGCAGAGGGACGUGCAUAGAACCUGUGCCCCGGGGAGAUGCCCAGGACCUGGGUGGGGGGCGCUGAGGGAAGGCAGAGGGUCUCUGGGACCUGGGGCUAGGACCCUCCUCUCCUGUCCUUGCAGGUUCAGACCAGAGUCUAGACCCUGAGCGGUGCCGCCCUUCCCCGGGCCCAGCCCCGAAGACAGAAUGACGGGGGCUGCCUGCCUCCAGGCCUUGCUCCUGCUGCUGGGAGCCGCUGGGACAGGGACGCUGGAAUCCGCAGCCUGCGGGCAGCCCCAGGUGUCCAGUCGCAUCGUGGGGGGCCGAGAUGCCCGGGAUGGACAGUGGCCGUGGCAGGCGAGCAUCCAGCACCGCGGGGCACACGUGUGCGGGGGCUCGCUCAUCGCCCCCCAGUGGGUGCUGACGGCGGCGCACUGCUUCCUGAGGCCGACGCGGCCAUCUGAGUACCGCGUGCGCCUCGGGGCGCUGCACCUGGGCCCCGCGUCUCCCCGCGCGCUCUGGGCGCAGGUGCGCAGGGUGCUGCUGCCCCCGGACCACAGCGAGGAGCGCGCCCGCGGCGACCUGGCGCUGCUGCAGCUGCGCCGGCCGGUGCCCCUCAGCGCCCGCGUCCAGCCCGUCUGCCUGCCCGAGGCCUGCCCGCCCCCUGGCACGCCGUGCUGGGUCACCGGCUGGGGCAGCCUCCACCCUGGAGAGCCCCUUCCGGACUGGCGACCUCUGCAGGGAGUCAGGGUGCCCCUGCUGGACUCGCGCACCUGUGACCGCCUCUACCACGUGGGCACCAACCUGCCCCGCGGGGAGCACAUAGUGCUGCCGGGGAGUGUGUGUGCCGGCUACAUCCAGGGCCACAGAGACGCCUGUCAGGGUGACUCUGGGGGACCCCUGACCUGCGUGAAAUCUGGGCGCUGGGUGCUGGUGGGCGUGGUGAGCUGGGGCAAGGGCUGUGCCCUGCCCAACCGUCCAGGCGUCUAUACCAACGUGGCCACCUACAGCCCCUGGAUUCGGGCUCACCUUAGCCUCUAGUGCAGUAACACUGACCCGGAGCUAGAGGCUGGGGGGUCCCUCCGACGACCUGCAUGUCUCCCCCACCUUGCCCCCUCCUCCUUGAGGCUCACAGGUGUCAUCCAUCUGUUCACCCCCUGCCCCCCUGGGGCUCACCAAGCCCAGCCGCCAGCCAUCCUGCAGGAGCCUCCCAUGUGUCCUGGUCUCAUGAUCCCUCUCUCCCCUUCUGUUCAUAUUUACCCUUUCCAGCUCCAACCAGGGGCUGGGCCUGUGUCCCCAGAGACAGACAAGCCAGCUGGUGCCCGGCCCGGCCUCUGUGCCCCCUUUUUUUGCAGGAAGUCAAGGAGAUUCAGGGACCCAAUUCCUCCCCGCAGCCUCCAGAUAAGAGCCCCCCAGGCCAAGCCUGAACCCGGCGGAGCCCACCCAGACUUCUGGCCCACAGAGCUGUGAUUUAAUAAACUUGGGUUGUUUC